AUGUCACCUUUCAGUCAACUCUCACUCGCAGCUGGCGGCGGUGGUUACGGCAAUGGGAUUGACAGAGAUUUCUCUCCAAUCCUUCAUUACAUCGAUGAAUUCGACCGUCAUUUCUCCCAUCGUCAUCGUUUCGUGAACUGCUUCAUCCCGCGUUUCGAUCUGGAAGAGGACGCACACAACUACUACCUCUACGGCGACAUCCCAGGAGCGGUUGUAAACGACAUCACAGUUGAAGCCCACAAUAACCACAGUCUAGUCAUUUACGGCAAGACACUUCGUCCUGGACCUGGACCUAGAGAGGAGGAUGAGGUAAAGGGCCAGGAGGACCCGGAGUUCGUGAAGGUUAUGGUGGAGGACCAUGAGCAUGGGCAGGAGAUGGGCAUGCAUCCCCAUCAUUCUCGCCACGAAACCUAUACCGCUGCUGCUGGUUCCCAACAGCUGCAGUCUGAGCACCGGAUCCUGCUUUCCGAGCGUUUGGUCGGAGACUUCCAUCGUACCUUCGCUUUCCCGCAACCAGUCGUCGAGGAGGGAGUCAAAGCUAGCAUGGAGAAUGGUGUCUUGAGCUUGCUUGUUCCGAAGAGAGAGAAGGGCGAGGAGGUCAAGAAGGGACGAAAGGUACCAAUUGCGCAUGGUAAGUGGUGGAAGGGCGAAGAAAGGGGCAAUGCUGGAUUUGGAUUUAACAGCGGUGCGGUCUAG